AUGUCACACCCCAGUCUGUCGCUGUGGAAGGCCUUGGCUGUGAGGACGAUGAUUUUGAUGGCGCAUCACAUGCUGAGCAGUGGGAUCAGCAUCCGUGAGAUCCGCUACUGCAACAUGUUCACUCACGUCCUUCUGCCCAUCACGAACAGCCCGGGCGAAUCGUCCAUCCUCGUUCUCGUUGUCGCCUAUCGCAAUACGAAGACCGUCAAAGACAACAAGCUUGGCCACCUGUACCUCACUCGACACAUGGACUUCCAGCAGUGCGGCUUUGGAGCAGAUUUCCUCUGGCUACAUUUCAAUUUCGACCUCGUCCCCCUCUACUACAACAACGACAAAAUCGUGCCCCCCUUGGAUUUUUCAAACCCGGAAGCCUGGUCGAAGAAGCACCUGUUCUUCGCCCUCUUCGACAAAGAGAAGGAGAUGCCGUACCCGACGCACGCCAAAUGGGUCACCUGGGCGAUGGAUAGCGCGGUGUGGAUCCUGUCGAAAGUCACCCACAUAUUUCGACGGUCUGCGGCACAGAUCCUCGCGGACAAGAACUUGGACCUCGACACCAUCGCACAGCUUGGUCAAUGGGACAUGAACGAGAUGCGCAGGUCGUACGUCACAGGCAUCCCGCGCCCGGCCAUCCAGAUGCAAGCGGGUUUCUCGGAGGAACCGGGCGACUAUUACAUCGGAAGAUCGAAGACCAAAGUGCCUCCGAAGGUCCAGAAGGCUAUUGAGGAGCACAUCUUUCCUAACGCGGAGCAGUGGCUCAUCGAGCACCUCAUCGCGCAACUUCGGGCCGAGAUUAACUUCCACAAAGAGGAGGGAGGGAAAAAAGAGAUCAAGAUCAUCCACCUCGAGCAUCAAGUCGGGUCAUUGGAGCGGGAGAACAGCUCGAUGAAGUCAGAGUUGGAGGCCAAGACAGAGGCGUUCGCGCAACUGCAGAAAGCGUUCGACGCACUGAAAAAGACCGCGGCGACAAGCGCAGCUGCAGAUGUGGGGGAGAGCGAGAGCGUGACGCAGACGGCCACCGAAGAAGCCACCCCCGGUCCACAGCAAGCCCAACAAGAAACGCCCUCUCGACAGAGCGUGGGCAGUCAGCUCGACCAGGCAUUCUUCGACGCGGUGGUGUGGCCGUGGUGCAAUUGCGAUACCAUGCGGAAGGCGUGGUCGUACUGGGACGGGCCAAGCCCACUGAACCACGGGCACAGUCUUCGACAGGCGUACAAGAGGGGCUUCGCCGUCAAGUUCUGCAAGUUCACUCCGACUCCACCCCCCGUACCCCCCGAAGCGGAGGCCCAUCCAAAAGACAAGCCCCCAACCGCAAAAGCUAUCGAGACGAAAUUGCGGAAAAUGGAGGCUGUCAUGAAGGCCGUCGAGCAUUUCUGGAUCGACGACAGCAGCGCGGCUACGGCGACGGUCAUCGAAAAGCUGGACUCAAUUGUGAAGAAUCACUCGAUCAACAUGCUUUCGGAGGGCAUCGUUCUCGACGAAGACCCUGGGAGGCAGCUCACGAAAAAGCGCAAAGUCGGGUCUGCAGAGGAAAACCGGAAGGACAAACAACGCCUAAGAAUCACUCUGGAGCUCAUUCGCGUCCAGCUCCGAACCACAGAAUGGGCGGAGACGGUGUUAGGCAAGGAGAAAUGGAAAGAGUUCACGGGAACAACUGACGCGCGGCCUAGCUCGACGGGCAACCUUGAGGAGGGGGAAACCUAG